AUGAAAACAGAGAGUGUUUGGCGAGAAAAGGAUUACAAGCAUAUGUUUAUGCGCACCGCCGCGCUCAUGGAAAAAUUGGCCGAUGGUACUGUGGCUGAACUACAACUGUCUGGAAAACGAAACUACGAUGCAAUUUUCCAGCGGCAGUCGGUGAUUUUCGCGUCGCAGAUGUUUGAAGUGGCGCUGCGGAUGGUCCAAGAGCGAUCCCACGAGCUGUUCUUGCAGCCCAAACAAGACGACCCAAAAAACUUGUACGAAGUGGUCGGUUCGGCCCCCAACCCCACUUUUUUCUUUGAGCGAUCUCCAUAUCUAAAAUGGGAGGGUCUGCAUCUGGAACACAGACUGGAUCCCUCUGAGCAGUGCAAAUCGGAGACUAAAAAGAUUCUGGGCGACAAAAAGGACUCUUCGCAAGACAAGGAGGAGGAGAUUGAGGAUCUGGCUGACAAUGUGCGUAACCUUCAGGGUCAGAUGGCGUCUCUGAAGAAGACCCUGGCAUCCAAGGAGCGUGAAACCAGCAUUGUCAAGCAACAGAACCAGGCCCACAAGAUCCUUCUUGCGAAACAGGAGGUUCUGCUGGCUGCCGUGUCCUCUAAACUUGGCCUUGAUGCUGCAUCUGAUAUUCUGGAGAAGGCUGACCGAACUUCUGCUACUCGAAAGGUCGAUACUGUUCCUUCACAUCGAGCUGCCCGUCAGCAGCGUGCAAAGGCUGCUGUUGCUGCUAGAGAGGGCACCUCUUCUAAGCAGUCUACCCCUGAUGCUGAGCUUGAACUAAAAGUGACAAAGCAAGAGCCCAAAUUAGAGUCCAAGGUCGUAGAGGUCAACAAACCCGAACCCAAGAAGACUGAGGUCAAUAAUCCUGAGCAUGAAAAGUCCGAGUCUAAGAGGACAGAGGCCUCUAAAAGGGCUGAAGCUCAACAGGAGGUCAACCCUUCUACCGCCGUGAUUGACCAGCAAAAGGUAUCUCGCAACGUAUCUCGAUCCAACCCGAAGACUCAGCAUCAGGCCCAAACCAAGGCUGAAACCUUUAAGAAAACCCCUGCUGCUGCUCUUAAGGCGGGCACUCUCAAGAUCACUCAGGCUACCCCCGUCAAGGAUGCGACUCCUGCAAAAACUGACCCCUUUACUCAAUCUCCCUCCCCCGCAGUUAAGACGCCGACGUCUGCUCCCACUGACGCUGGUGCAAGUGCUGCCGCUGAAGGGGAGCGUGUGAUCGCUGCUGCUACGCAGGCACUCCAGGACUACCGAGAGCUGUGGGCAAAGGGUGCCCCUUGUCUCACUCUUCCCCUUGAUAUACUAGAGGGGGCCAAGAAUGGUGACAUUCGCGCCAUCCGGGAGCUCACGGCUGCCGUGGAUGAGCUCAAGGCCAGACACGAGUUUGGGCAGGAGCAGAAGAACAUUUCUGCCAAGACAUCAACCCUCAACGAAGUGUUGGCAUCCCGACAGGCUCAGAACGUCCCCAUGACACCAUCAACAAAGACUGUCUCUGCUUCUGCUAAGGUAACCGCCAAGGCCACUCCUGCCAAGACGACCCCUUCCAAGCCUUCCGCUGCCCCCGCUGCUGUUCCUGCUGCUGCCCCUGCACCCAAGCGUGGUUUUAUCAUGAACUACCCUGGUGUGCCCAUGCCUGCGGAUAUGGGCAGCAUUGCUUCCUCUCUUGGACAUUCUGCUCUCUCUUCUGUGAGCGUCACACAACCCGCGGGCACGGCUCCCACCCUGGCCAAAUCGACUGCAAAGUAUUCCAUGAGCCACAUGUCUGACUUUGAGAUGUCGUUGGACUCUGUGAGUUUCGCCAACGACAGAAUCCCCCACAAGUGUGUGUUCGUGAUGGGACGGUUUGCCAAGCACCUACCCGUGGAUGUCAUGGUUCAAGAGGUGUAUGACCGAUGCGGACCCACCUCCAAGGAGUUCCUGCUCACCUGUCGGGCCGAUGACGACGACUGGGAGUGUGUCUACGACUGUCUCAAGGGCUUUGUCGACCGUCAGACCCCCAUCCCCUUCCCUGCCUAUGUCCAGGAUAUCUGCUAG